UCCCACUCACUAUGGAUCCAAGGAUAUCGAGUUAUGGAGCUCUCUGUCUGGUUUGUCUCCUCGUCAAACUCAACAUGGCAAUGGGGGUCACGAGCUUUCUAAGGGAUCAGCCACCGUCGAGUAAGUUGUUCACGAUAGAGAGUUUCUCCGUUGUGAAAUCGAGGGGCGAAGGCUAUGAAUCCGCUGUUUUCGACGCUGCUGGUUAUAAAUGGCGGUUGGUUAUGUUUCCGGUCGGGAAGCAAGACGACGGUGGAAGUAAUUAUGUCUCGAUGUACUUGAGGAUCGAAGAGACAGAAUCUUUGCCUAAAAGUUGGGAGAUUAAUGUGGACCUCAAACUGUUUGUCCAUAAUCAGAAGCUGAAUAAAUACUUGACGGUCCAAGAUGGAACUACAAAGCGUUUCAACGAGGCAAAGAAAGAGUGGGGGUUCGCUCAAAUGAUUCCUCUUUCGACGCUCAAUAACCCGAACGAAGGAUACGUUUCGGGGGACCGUGUCACAUUUGGCGCCGAGAUCUUUCUCUUGAAUAAGAUUCAAGAAAUAGAGAAAGUGACAUUCGUACAAAGCCCGGCAAACAAUAAAUUCUCGUGGACGAUCUCUUACUUCCCCCAGUUAGAAGACAAAUUCUAUUUUUCGGACGCCUUCCUCGUUGGAGACAGAUAUUGGAGAUUAGGACUCAAUCCAAAAGGCUUGGGAGGUGGUCGGGGCACUGCACUUCCUGUUUUGCUUUUCACCUACGAAUUUUCACAAAACGCUCCGGCCACGACAACAUGGGGAGCGGUCUAUCUCCGUUUGCGGAAUCAGCGAUAUUCAAACUACGUCGAGAAAUACUCCGCAGCUUGGUACCCGGUUCGUAAUGGUUACGGCGUGGGGGUCCACAAUAUCAUAUCGUUCCAAGAUCUCUACGAUAAAUCAAAGGGUUACUUGGUGAAUGAUCGCAUAGUGUUAGAGGCUGAAAUGCCGAUGGUUUCCGUGUCGAAUAUUGUUCCGAACUAGACUUAGCUUCUAUGUAUCACGUUGAAUAAACCCAUCAUGGUAUGCAAACAAAGUAUAUUUCUAUCAUUAUAUAUAUGUGUGUAUAUAUAUACAUAUAUUGUCUAAAAGGAAUUUGCAUAGAUAUACAUAUCCCGAGAGAUUUUUGUAUGUCUUAGUCUCA